UGAGACACAGCUGUCGAGCACCAACGAGACCACAUUUCUUUCCAAAUCCGCCGCUGCGUUCCAGCUAAAUCCCACUCUUCCCAGCUUAGUAGUCAUAGCAGCAGCUUGAACAUCUUCCAAACAAACGUGUAGCAUCAGCUCUCCGAUGUCCGUCUCCCAAACGCGUGCCUAGAUUCAAGAGCCAUCCUCGCUCGUUUCUCCUCACACGUUCUUCCUCCGAGAACGCAACGUCACGUCGCAACACCAACUCGUCGCAUUCGAAACUCUUCACAUUCGGAACGGUUCCACAGCAAUGACGACGACUCCAGUGAUCCGCGCGCGUCCCACAGCCGAGCUUUUCGCGCGCUACGCCUUCACAGAAACCAUCGGCCAGGGCCACUUCGGGAAGGUCUGGCGCUGCCUCGACCGCGCGACCGGCGAGGCGCUCGCGUGCAAGCAAGUGCGCAAGAGCGGUCUCUCUGAGAACGACUUGGCGGAUCUCGAGCGGGAAAUCGCCGCGAUGCAGCUGCUGCAGGGUCACCGCCACGUGCUCGCGCUCCGCGGGCUUUUCGAGGACGCUAAUAACGUGUACAUGAUCACGGACCUGUGCACGGGCGGGGAUUUGUUCGAUUUAAUCGCGCGCACGGGCGGGCUGGACGAAGACACCGCGGCGCGGCUUUUCGCACAGAUCGCACAGGGCGUGCGAUGGUGCCACGUGCACCGCGUCGUCCAUCGCGACAUCAAGCCCGAAAACAUCCUCCUCGCCAAGUCCUCAUCGUCGCACGCCGCCGCCCCCGCCGCCGCUGCCGGCGCUGCCGCCGCCGCCGCCGGGCUCGACGCGUGCCUCGCAGAUCUCGGCCUCGCGUUUCAACUCGCGCCCGGAACAGCUAUUAUCGGAGUCGCGGGAAGCGCGCCAUACGAGGCGCCCGAGGUGCUCGCACGACAGCCGUACGAUUUCAGCGCCGACAUCUGGUCGCUCGGCGUGCUCCUCUACUCCAUGCUCGCCGCUGGUUGGCCCUCGUUCCCCAACAACCGCCGCCAGCUGCGCCCAGCCGUCGAUUUCGCUGACGCGCCGUGGCAAACGGUCUCGCGCGAGGUGAAAGAUCUCAUCCGUCGGAUGAUGACCCAGGACCAGUUUGAACGGCUGGAUAUCCACGGCGUGCUCCAGCAUCCGUGGCUCGCGUCGCGGCUCGCCGCAAUCAGCCAGAAGCGCCGACCCUCCGCCGCAUUCCCCGCCACAAAAACUGCCGCUCCCGCUGCAGCUUUGGCACCGCAGCGGGUGGAAGCCAAGUCCGCAACGGCGGAGCAGAAAUCGGCGCAGAAGCCCCCGCACCAGCCGCGCGAGGUGGAGCGCGACGCGCGGGAGGAGCUGCGACAGCUAAAGCAGCAGCACAGGUCGCUGUGCUCGUUCGACUCGGACAAAUCCGUCGACUUCGACAACCAAGAAUCGAUGCUGCCCGCUCUCCUUCCCGUGCCCACUAGCGCAAGCUGCGCCAGGGAGUCCUCCGGAGCUUCCGCGGUGGAUUCCGAUGCGCAAAACCCUGAACUCCGUAUUCCGCCGCUCACUUCCGCCGCUGCUCCUUGCAGUUCCGCCGACAUCGGCUCGCUCCGCCAAGCGGGCAACAACAGCCGCGAGAGCAGCGCGUCUAGCUUCGAUUUCGUUCCGUCGUUUUCGUCCGCGUCGUCCGCGUCGUCCGCAUCGUCCGUCGCUGAAAUCGCGCACACUACUGUUACUUCUAAGGCGCGCAAUAAUCGCCGAAGCUCGAAGGCUCCAGGCGCGGACCUUCUAUUGAGUUCAAGCACCCUUCGUGUCUCUGUUGUUUGAAGCUACACUUCAACUGUACUCGCUGUCUAUACACGUCUUCUUGCUAGAUCAUUAGGUGCCAACGCUUUUGUACGUUAGAUUAUUCAAUUCAUUUAUCUGGUCACU